AACCGAUUAGUUAUUAUUCAAAAUUUCUUUAUUCAAUGACCAGAAUUGGACGAGGAUAUAUAGCUCGAAGGAGGAGAACAAAACUUCGUUUAUUCGCAUCAAGCUUUCGCGGGGCUCGUUCAUGACUUAGUUGAACUAUUAUUCAACAAAAAAUAAGAGCUUUGGUUUCAGCCUUUCAGGAUAGAGAUAGACAGAAAAGGAACUUUCACAGUUUGUGGACCACUCGAAUAAAUGUAGGAAUUCGUUAGAAUAUGGUAUCUUCAAGUUAUAGUAGAUUAAUAAACAAUUUGUAUAAGGGACAAUUUCUCUUUAAUCGUAAAAUACUUGCACAAGUAACUAUAUUACAUAGGAAUUGUCUUUAUAUGAUUUCUAAUGACAUCUUCAAAUAAAGAGAGGUCAUCUGAAUAUUUUUCAUUGAAUUCUUUGUAGAAUUAAUGCCAAGAAGGUAGAAUAGAUGUUAGUGUGUUAAAAUACAAUAAUAAUAUGAUCAAGUAGGUAAAUUGAGCAAAACUUUAAAUAAAAAAAGAGUUAUUCGAUCUAGGGUUGAGUUCGGAAUGGAAUUUUAAAGUUACCCGUCUCGAUAAUAUUUUCCCUUGUUUACUAAUAAAUUGACUAAUUAAACUCAUGUUUCUAUAAUCAAUGCGAUCCCCCGAUUGGAUCGGGGGCAAACGCGUAUGAAAAGAUUGCUUGGAUUUAAUAAAAAAUCGCUUAGAUUUAUCCAUGGUUUUUUCCUUAUAUCGAAAAGACUAUUCUUAAUUCUAAUAUUAAAUUUCUAAAGCAUUUUUUAUCCGAUAAAAUAAAAUAGGAUUUCGCUUCUUUCUAUUUAUUAUUUAUUUAUAGUUAGGGGGAGUCGUCAAGGAGUUAGAGGGAGCCGAGCUGAAGGGUUUUUAUUGGGACCGAGGAGUGAGAAACAAGAACACCAUAAAAUGUAGAUGGAUCUCUCAUGCUAAAUCUGUCUUUCGAGCAGAAGAAAAAGACAACUGAGGAAUAUAGUCUGUCGAAGAUGGGAGACAAUGUUAAAGGAGAUGCACCAGAAGCGGUCGAUCUUGAAGAUAGGUUGACUGAUGUCAACAGAGAUGAUGUCGAAGGAGAUAAACCAAAAGAGGUCGACCUUUCUGAUAACAUCUUUAAAACCGAUGGUUCAUCUGAUGGUUUGUGUGGCUUGCAAGAUUGGAUGGCUGCAGUUGAUGAAAUAAAAGGAGGUAUGUGAAGACAAAAAAAGAAGAUUUAUGUAGACUUAUAUAUGUUUUGGUUGUUGUUCUGCAUUGAAUGUGUUCAUAUGGUUGGAUUUAAGGUUUGCAUUUAUUAUGUUUGUGUAAAAUAUUUAUGGUAUAUAUUUGCAUGGUGUUCUAUGUUUGCAUGCAUGAAUACUUCUUCAUGUUUCAUGACUAUGAGUUGGUGGAUGAACAAAAACAUAAAUCUCGCUGCACUAAAUAUAUAUAAUACAUGUUUGCCGUAAGAACCAUAUUACUUCGUAUUUUCAUGAAAUACGCAUUCAUCAGUGAAGAGUAUUAGUUGACUUUUGAUGAAAUAUGCAUUUAUUUGUAAAGAGUAUUAGUUGACCUUUUAUAAAAUACGCAUUCAUAUGUAGAAGAAUAUUAGUUGACAUUUUCAAUUUCAAUUUCCUCUCACCUUGCGACCUCACCUCUUUCCCUCGACUCUCGGCUCAACUCAGCCGGCUUUCCUUUUUCCCUUUUUCUUUUACAUCUAGCUCGAUCAUUCCUGCUAAUCAUUUAUUACUUGGAUGACGUAUCCCAAUGAGAGUGUUGUGACUCGGUGCACACUAAAAAAAAUUAUGUGCACCACACCGAAAUUUCUUAUGAAGGAGACAGAGGUCACAGGGAGAAGCAACAAUCAAAGAAGAGCCAGCAUAGGAGAAACAAAAAGAAAGCAACAUCCUGAUCCCAAAAGACAAAGGUUGGUGCUCACUAGUCAAGCAAACCCCCAACUAUCAUUAUAAUUCUUAAUAGCAAAACAAACAUCAAACCAGACC